AAAGAAUCAAAUUCUAUUAAAUCUCCAUUUUUUUAUUCUUAAAAAAAGGUAGAGAGAGAGAGAGACCAGAGAGCGAAAAGGGUUUCCCUAUAUAUCUCUAUCAUCUUCGCAGGGAAACAAAAAAUCUUCUGUAUUCUUGGCGGAUACUCCGAUCUGGACUAGCGAUCUACGAAUUGGGUUUCUGGUUGUGUUUGGAUUGAGAGAAAAUGAGAGAAAUUAUAAGCAUACACAUUGGCCAAGCAGGGAUCCAGGUGGGAAAUUCAUGCUGGGAGCUCUAUUGCCUCGAACAUGGCAUUCAACCUGAUGGCAUGAUGCCCAGUGAUACUACAGUGGGCGUUGGGCACGAUGCUUUCAACACCUUCUUCAGUGAGACCGGCGCAGGCAAGCAUGUGCCUAGAGCGAUAUUUGUUGAUCUGGAGCCAACUGUCAUUGAUGAAGUCAGGACUGGAACGUACAGGCAGCUGUUCCAUCCUGAGCAACUAAUUUCUGGCAAGGAGGAUGCUGCGAAUAAUUUUGCAAGAGGACAUUAUACAGUGGGGAAAGAAAUCGUAGAUCUAUGUCUCGAUCGAGUGAGGAAAUUAGCUGAUAACUGCACUGGCUUGCAAGGGUUUUUGGUGUUCAAUGCUGUUGGUGGUGGCACUGGUUCGGGUCUGGGGUCUUUGUUGUUAGAACGUUUGUCUGUAGACUAUGGAAAGAAGUCAAAGCUUGGGUUCACUAUCUAUCCUUCUCCCCAGGUCUCUACAGCAGUUGUGGAGCCUUAUAACAGUGUUCUCUCCACUCAUUCCCUCCUCGAACACACAGAUGUAGCUGUGCUCUUGGACAAUGAAGCCAUUUAUGAUAUCUGCCGUAGAUCCUUAGAUAUUGAGAGGCCAACUUACACCAAUUUGAAUCGAUUGAUAUCCCAAAUCAUAUCGUCUUUGACCACUUCCUUAAGGUUUGAUGGAGCCAUUAAUGUGGAUAUCACAGAGUUCCAGACUAAUCUUGUACCAUAUCCUCGUAUACAUUUCAUGCUCUCUUCAUAUGCCCCGGUUAUCUCUGCUGAGAAAGCAUAUCAUGAGCAGCUAUCAGUUCCUGAGAUCACAAAUGCAGUAUUUGAGCCCUCAAGUAUGAUGGCCAAGUGUGAUCCAAGGCAUGGGAAAUACAUGGCAUGCUGCUUGAUGUAUCGUGGAGAUGUCGUUCCCAAGGAUGUUAACGCUGCUGUUGCCACCAUCAAAACCAAACGGACUGUUCAAUUUGUUGACUGGUGCCCAACUGGCUUCAAAUGUGGUAUUAACUAUCAGCCUCCCACAGUGGUACCUGGGGGUGAUCUUGCUAAGGUGCAGCGAGCUGUGUGCAUGAUCAGCAACAACACAGCAGUGGCUGAGGUGUUCUCGCGCAUUGACCAUAAAUUUGAUCUCAUGUAUGCCAAAAGGGCAUUUGUUCACUGGUAUGUUGGUGAAGGCAUGGAGGAAGGAGAGUUCUCAGAAGCUCGUGAAGAUCUGGCUGCUCUUGAGAAAGAUUAUGAGGAAGUCGGCGCUGAAGGUGUGGAUGACGACGAGGAAGCUGAAGAUUAUUAAGGUGGUUCAUCAGGCGUGUCAUCUGGAAGAUUGGCUGAAGAUGUGAGGGUUUGCCCGCCACCUCAUCCCGUAUCUCUCUUUUGUUAUAUGUAUCUUGUGUUUUCCAUUAUCUCUUUUCAUGCUAUGGAAUUGUUGAAGUUGUGCCUUCUUCUCUGAUAAGAUGUAUUUCUGUGGGAUCAAAGGAGUGGUUUUUCAGAAUCAUGAGUUGCUUUUGCAUCA